AAUGUUUAUUAUGGAUUCAAAUAAUCUUGUCCAAAAUAUGUGUAACUGUUGUACUUGGUUGGUUAUUUGUGAUCAUUUCUGAUAUGUUUAUGAUAUGUUUGUAUUUCCUUAUUUACUAACAUUAUAAACAUUGUUUGCCCACAGACAAACACUCACUGAUGUAUUUCAUCACUGGAUCAUCUGGGAUUCCAAACAUCCCAGACUUGGCGGCUUUUGCAGAGGUUGAUGGUGUUGAGGUUGGUUACUGUGACAUCAACAACCAAACAAUACAGCCAAGACAGGACUGGGUGAAACAAGCGUUAGAUAAUUACCACGGGCACUUGAGAAUGUACACUUAUUACUGUUUUUACAAUCUACCAGACUUCUUCACAGAAUUUAUUUCUAUACUGAAGCGGCAGUCCAACCAAACUGGAGGAGUUCACAUUGUACAGAAGAUAGAAGGCUGUGAAUGGAAUGAAAACACUGGAGAAGUGAAUGGUGUACUUCAGUAUGGAUAUGAUGGAGAAGGCUUUCUUGAAUUUGAUUUUCAGAGACUAACAUGGAUUCCACUGAAACCAGAGGCUGUCAUAUUCACAGAGAAUCUCAUAAGUGAUAGAAAUGACGAAAAAGACUACUUCACUAAGAUUUGUCCACACAGGUUAAAGUGGUAUCUGGACAUUGGGAAAAGUUCCAUGCAAAGAACAGGUAAAUUAAUUGAUUAAACUGAUGGAUUAGAAAUUAUUUUACGCAGCAUUAUUUU